GAGAGAGAGAGAGAGCAGUGUGGUGGAGGGACUGAAGCAAGAUUGGACAACACUAGGACAGUCUCAAUUUAGUGGCCGGUAGUGGCUGGUGUCUAAAGAAAUGCCUGAAGUGAUUGCAUGAAGACACUUUUGAGCCCUCCCACGCGUAUACCUACAGGUGGUAGUGGCUCUGACCUGCACACGGGAGGGAUCUUUCAUUAACAAGCCGCCCACUCCGCCCACACCGCCCACACAUACUUAACUGUACCCUCUUGGAGUAUGAUGGCAGCUGUCCAGCCCGUGGCAUCAGCAGCUGGAAGUCUUCACAAGGUUUGACUGCACUGCCAAGCCCCUGUGAUGGAAGUCUGGCUGGAGCGUUGUGCCAUCACCCAGGGCAGAGCACCAACCAGAACCCCGAGUGUCAACAGAUAGAAUGACAGCACCCAACAGAACAGAGUGAGUGUCCCUCCACUUCAGCUGUGCCAGGGACAUGGUGCGCCUGGAGAGGAUGGCUGACGAGGAUGUAGAGAGUGGACAGCCAUGCCUUCCCCCGCACCCUCCGCCACGCCCCAGAGUGUGCCACCACCACCACCACCACCAGCACCACCAUCACCACCCAAACCACGACUGCGAGGAGGAGAACAUGACCCCCAAGCAGAAGGCAGACUUUGCGGUGAUCAAAUUUGUGGCAGGCCUGGUGCUGGCGGUGAUGCGCAAGUUCUGGGUGACUUCGUCAGCAGUGGUUGUUGGGAUAUUUGUCCUGUUUUGGCUGUAUGGGGGUUUGUUGGCGCUGCUGCUGCUGCUGUUUGCUCUCUCAGGUGUGGUGUAUCAGAUAAGUGACCUGCUGGUGUACUGGCCGAACUUCCCGCCCGAUUCAAGGGUUCUGGUGCAGCCACCAGCCACCCUUGGCCUUCCCUCAGAGAACCUGUUCCUCUACGCUCGUGAUGGCACCAAGCUCCAUGCCGUGUUUGUCAAGCAGGACCCCUCCACCAUCCACACUGCCCCAACCUUUGUCUACUUUCACGGGAAUGCUGGAAACCUGGGCCACCGGCUUAGUAAUGUUUAUGGCCUGUACCGCUGUCUGGGGGUGAACCUGCUGCUGUUGGAGUACCGUGGCUAUGGCCUGAGUCAGGGGGCGCCGUCAGAGGAAGGGCUGUAUUUGGACGCUCAGGCUGCCGUCUCUUACCUCAAGACUCGCCGUGACAUUGACCAAAACAAGAUCAUCAUAUUUGGUCGGUCCCUUGGUGGGGCAGUGGCGGUUGACUGUGUGAGCCGAGCAGAGGUGAGCAGUCGUGUGGCAGCAGUAGUGCUGGAGAACACCUUUACCUCCAUCCCAGACAUGGCCAAGGUGCUCUUCUCUGGGGUGAGGUUCCUGGCACGCCUCCCACACUGGUGCCACAAGAAUAAGUACCUGUCCAAGUACAAGAUGUGCCGUGUGGUGGUGCCGACGUUAUUCCUCUCAGGCCAGGCGGACGCAUUGGUGCCACCACGCAUGAUGCUAGAGCUGUACCACUGCUGCGCCGCCCCAGCCAAGCGUCUCAUGCAGUUCACACACGGCUCCCACAAUGAGACCUGGAAGUGCCCCGGCUACUACCAGGUCUUGGCACACUUCCUGGAUGAGGUUUUCAAGAGGAGCACCCAGCCUCCUGUGCUCCACCCGGGGGUCGUCUGCUUCUCAGAGCCCCAGGUUCUGUAGGUCAGUUGCUGCACUUUGUUAAUUGCACCACACAAAGAGAAAGGGACUGGUGGAGGCCAGCAGGUCUGUUGUAGGAGGUAAGGUCCAUUGGAAAAUUAUAAAUUAGUAAUGGUGAAAAGAAUUAUUUUUUUUUACUUUUCUGAGAGGCAUUCUGUGUGCUAUUUGGCACUAGGUGGUGCUGCAGGUGGAGUCUGUGUGGUGCUUGCUGCUGGUGUGUCUGUAGUGUUGCCUCUCCUGGCGUGUGCUGCUCCUUGCUCUCUGUUCGAGGUACAGGCAGCAGAUGAAGUAAGCAUAAGCCACUCGGUGAUGUGUAAAAAUGGGUAGUAUGGUCUGAACUUGAAUAAUUUCUGUUACCUUGUGUCCUCUUGGCCGGCACCACCAGCACAGAGGCAGUGAGGGAGGUGUGAGUUGGCACAUCAAUGCACAGCUGAGGUUAUUGAUCUGGAAAGUGUGUGAUAAGGAAUGUGUUGAUUUGUGCAAAGGUUGAUACAAUGAGUUUCUAGUGACAAUUUUGGGUUUCAUAGAAAAAUUGAUUCACUGAAGAUUUGUAUGUGAUUAGUAGAUUCCUGUCUAAUGUGUGUGUGUGUGUGUGUGUGUGUGUGUGUGUGUGUGUGUGUGUGCGCGAGAUACAUCCAGUGAAAAAUAGAGGAUGACAAAUGGAAAAGUGUAUUCAUUGCACAUGUUAUCUGAUCAUGGAAUUUCUUCACAAAAGGAACAAAAUCAGAGCUCCAUGGAAUACAUGAUAAACGAACAACUCACUGGGGACAGUUGGCUUUUAUAACAGCUGUGUGGAGUGUUCCCAUGUGGCGACAGUAGCUGGUGUGUCCCUUGCUGGCAGCACUGGUGAAUGGUCUUAGGAAGGAGGACUUGGUUUCAGUGUUACUGGCACAGCAAGAACAAAAGGCUGAAUACUAAAAAAAGAAAAAAAAAAA